CUGGAAUCGUGCUCUGAUGCGUGCUCGUGGCCUGGCUUUAGGCCAGGAGUUCAAGGGCAAGGGCGUCAACAUUGCCCUUGGUCCCAUGAUGAACAUGGGUCGGAUCGCUCAAGGCGGCCGUAACUGGGAGGGUUUCGGUGCAGAUCCUUUCCUGACCGGCGAAUCUGCAUACGAGACAAUUUUAGGUCUACAAAAUGGCGGAGUACAAGCUACUGCCAAGCACUUUAUUAACUAUGAACAGGAACACUUCCGCACAUCAGAAUCUUCAAAUGUUGAUGACCGGACUCAGCAUGAGAUUUACGCGCACCCGUUUUUGCGCAGCGUCAUGGCUGGCGUCUCGUCUGUCAUGUGCAGUUACAAUCUCAUCAAUGAAACCUACGCAUGCAAUAACGACAAGAUGCUCAAUGAUAUCUUGAAGCGGGAAUACGGUUUCCAAGGUUUCGUUCAAUCUGACUGGCAGGCGACGAGAUCGACCCUCUCUGCUGUUGCUGGCCUUGAUAUGACUAUGCCCGGCGAUACCACCUUUGACUCCGGUGACUCCUACUUUGGCGGCAACCUCACGGACUAUGUGAACGACGGGUACAUAAGUAUGGCUCGGUUGGACGACAUGGCGACGCGUAUCAUCGCUGCUUGGUAUUUCCUUCACCAGGACGAGGCCUACCCUGCAACGAACUUCAACGCAUUCAAUUCUAAAGACGAAGUGAACAACAAGCAUGUGAAUGUGCAGGCUGACCAUUAUAAGCUUGUGAGGGAGAUUGGCGCAGCUGGGACAGUCCUUUUGAAAAAUGAAAACGGCGCGCUGCCAUUGAACAAGCCGAGGAACUUGGUAUUGAUUGGAAGCGAUGCCAGUCCAGGCAAAUCUGGCCCCAACGAGUUCCCAGGUCAAGGUGGCAGCGAUGGUAUUCUGGCCAUGGGCUGGGGGUCUGGGACUGGUGACUUCCCUUACCUUAUUUCGCCUCUUGAGGGUAUCCAGGAGCGUGCUCGCCAGGACUGCAGCAGCGUGUUCUGGGAUUUUGACGACUGGAACACCGCUCUGGCUGGUAAUAUGGCGUAUGGCGAGGCUGUUGCUCUCGUGUUCACUAACUCCGACUCUGGCGAGGGUUACAUUACUGUUAAUGGCAAUAAGGGAGAUCGGUACAACCUAACUGCCUGGCACAACGGUGAUGACCUCAUCCUCGCUGUUGCUGCGCAGAACAACAAUACCAUAGUCGUUGUGAACAGUGUCGGCCCGCUGAUCAUAGAGCCUUGGAUCGAGCAUCCUAAUAUCACCGCUGUUAUCUGGGCUGGCAUCCAAGGCCAGGAGGCGGGCAAUGCUAUCGCUGAUGUACUUUAUGGUGCGUACAAUCCCUCUGGAAGACUUCCGUAUACUAUUGCCAAGGACGUCGUCGAUUAUCCCGCACAACUCAUCACCAAAGGUUCGGGAAGCAAUAUUGUGACCAUUGAUUACACCGAGGGGUUAUUCAUCGAUUAUCGCCACUUUGAUCAAGCAAAUAUCAUGCCGCGCUUCGAGUUUGGCUUCGGCUUGAGUUACACCACGUUCGCGUACUCUGACCUUUGUGUGACACCAAUUCAGUCAUCGGAUACUGAUCAAGAGGAUUUGAUCACUGCUUGGGAGGAUGGGAAGGCUUCGCCCAUCGCCGAAGGGUCGUCCACUGCACUUUGGCUCCAUGAGCCUGCAUUCCGGAUAACUUUCGAGGUCACCAACACUGGACCUGUAUCUGGGACUGAGAUCCCUCAGCUCUACAUCCACCACCCAUCUUCCGCUAGCGAGCCUCCAUCAGUCCUGAAGGGCUUCACAAAUGUCGAAAUCUCGCCGUACAACAUUAAACAAGUCUCAAUAACGCUCUCGCGCUAUGACCUGUCUAUCUGGGACGUCAUUUCUCAGGGGUGGCGCAAGCCUGACGGCCAGAUCUCGCUCUCUAUUGGUGCGAGCAGUAGGGACUUCAGGCUACAGGGGGACAUUCCUAUUUGAUGCAGUGC